GCCACAUCUUCCCCAAAGCAAAGUAAAAUUCCACGUCCACUACACAUCAACACUCACAAGCCUAAAGAGAUUCCUGCCCCGUCUCUUUCCCUCCCCUAUCUAUGAUCUGUCAGGCCAUCACUAGAUUUUUCUCUCACCAAUCACCCCAGAGAAGAGAACCAAAACCAAGAACCAGGAGACAAACAACGCACUGCUGGAAGGCCCAUCUGUGCCAGCAGCAGCAAAGUCCGAGCUCUGCACCACCUCCCCUGUCCACCAAUCCCCUCUCGCCUCUCUUCCUCCUCCUCCUCCUCCUCCACACCACCAGUGAGGUUGCUCGGCGUUGCGGCGAUGGGGAAGAGGAGGUCUGUCGGCGCAUGCUUGCUCGCGGUCGCGGCGUUGGUGUUGCAGGUGGUGGCGCUCGGUCGGGGCGAGGAGAGCGCUAGCGGCGGCCUUCUGGACCCGCGAGAGCUGGAGAAGUUCGUGGACGAGCUGCCAGACAUGCCGAGGCUGCGCGGGUACGGCGUCGCGGAGGGCGGAGGGCUCGUCGCCGGCAACCUCACCAUCGGCAUGUACGACACCACGUGGAAAUUCCACCGCGACCUUCCGGCGACGCGAGUCUUCGCCUACGGCGCCAGCAAGGAUGCGGCCACGGUACCGGGCCCCACGAUCGAGGCCAUGCAGGGCGUCCCCACGCACGUGACGUGGACCAACCACCUCCCCGCGCGCCACUUCCUCCCUUGGGACCCCACCCUGACCACCGCGACGCCCGGCCGCGGCGUCCCCACCGUCGUCCACCUCCACGGCGGGGUGCAGCACUCCUCCUCCGACGGCCACUCGCUGGCCUGGUUCACCUCCGGCUUCUCCGUCACGGGGCCGCACUUCUCCGCCCCGCCGUACGAGUACCCGAACCGGCAGCCGCCCGGGAACCUCUGGUACCACGACCACGCCAUGGGCCUGACGCGCGUCAACAUCCUGGCGGGGCUCAUGGGCGCGUACCGCGUGGCGAGCCCCGCCGAGGAGGACCCGCUGAACCUGCCGUCCGGCGAGGUGUUCGAUCGGAACCUGGUGCUGUUCGACCGCGAUUUCCUCGCCAACGGCUCCCUGUUCAUGAACCGCACGGGCAACAACCCCAGCGUGCAUCCGCAGUGGCAGCCGGAGUACUUCGGUGCCGUUGUCGUGGUCAACGGCAAGGCGUGGCCGUACCUCCGCGUGCGCCGCCGCCGAUACCGGUUCCGCAUCCUCAACGCCAGCAACGCGCGCUUCUUCCGGCUCUCCCUCACCGGCGGCCUCCGCUUCGUGCACAUCGCAUCCGACUCGGUGUACCUCGCCAGGCCGGUGGCCACGGACAAGUUCCUCGUGGCGCCGUCCGAGAUCAUUGACGUCGUCGUCGACUUCGCCGCGUCGAGCGCCGACGCGGCGAUCCUGAGCGACGACGCUCCGGCCCCGUACCCCGGCGACCCCGGCGAGAAGGCGGAGACCGUCGCGGUGAUGAAGUUCUUGAUCGCUGAGAGCACGGAACCGGACCCCUCGAGCUUGCCGGCGACGCUGAUGCCGCACUACCCCAGAGCAGACGCGCGCGAGGCGAGCACGACCCGGCACAUCACCAUGUACGAGUACACCAAGAACGGCACGGACGAGCCGACGCACCUGUACCUGAACGCGCUGUCGUACAUGGACCCGGUGACGGAGACGCCGAGGGAAGGGACGGCGGAGAUCUGGGACGUGAUCAACCUGACGGAUGACAACCACCCGCUGCACCUGCACCUGGUGCUCUUCGCGGUGCUGGAGCAGCGGUCGCUGCGUCGCGUGGACGAGUUCAGGGACUGCAUGGUGCGCCGGAACGACGCGCGCGUGUGCGGGCUCGACCGGCACCUGGCCGGCGGGCGGAGGCACGUCGUGCCGCGGCAGGAGCGCGGGUGGAAGAACGUCUUCAAGGUGCGGCCCAGCGCGGUGACCAGGAUGCUCGUGCGAUUCAAGCCGCUGUCCGCCGCGUCGCCGCCGUCGGAGAGCCGCUUCCACUUCGACGUGACCACGGGGCCAGGCUACGUGUACCAUUGCCAUAUUUUGGAUCAUGAAGACAACGAGAUGAUGAGGCCGAUGAAGAUCGUGCGUUGAACGAUUUGAAGCCAAAAUUCACAGAUGGUUCUUUUUGGGGAAAAAGAAGAAGAAAAGGUUACUAUGGAUCUAUUUUUAGCUGAAAACAACUCAAAUCAUGUGUAACUGGGAAAGAAAACAAAAAUCUCGUGUUCCAAACAAACAUUCUUUGUGAAGGAGAAGGUAUGGCGAAUUGGCGAUAAGAUGUCCUUGAAUCUUUGGCUGAGAGUUGAUUGGGAUGAGCUGAAUACGAUGAGAUGCAUGCAUGAUAGCUGCGACAAGAUGUGUCCUGAUUGAGAUACGAUGAGUUAGCUAGGGGUAGAUAAGAUUUGUCGAAGAAUAAUUUGCAAUCUGACAUGGCUGCUCGGGUGUUUCUAGGAAAUGAGCUGCCUGUUAAAGAUGAUAAUGUGACUACUGAUUUGAGAUUUUUCAGUUGAAAAGAGAGGGAAAAUAUUGCUGA